AUGGGGUUUCCAUCACAGUUUAUUAGAAAGACAUACGAAAUGGUGGACGAUCCAUCGACAGAUUCAAUUGUGUCAUGGAGCCAAAACUGCAACGACAGCUUUGUUGUUUGGAACCAUAGAGAUUUGGAGAAACAUGUUUUGCCAAAAUACUUUAGGCACAACAACUUUUCGAGCUUCAUUAGACAACUGAAUGUCUAUGGAUUUAGCAAGGUCGACCCAGAACGUUGGGAGCUUGCACAUGAAGUAUUUCAGAAAGGUCAGAAACAUUUACUGAAGAACAUUAAACGGCGUAAACCAUCUUCCUAUACUAGUGCACUUAACCAUCAACAACAUCCUCAAGGGAUAAGUUCUUCAAAUGGAUCAACAGAAACAGAAGAGAAAGAAUCACUUAAAGACAACAAGAAUAAAAUAAUAAAAGAACUAGUGAAACUGAGCCAAGAACAACAAAAUAUGCGGCAGUGUUUUCAGUUCAUCGAGCAACGUCUUGAUCUCAUGGAGCAAAUAUUACAGCAACAACUUCACGGUAUGGAUAUACGAAUUCUCUAUAUAGAACAUAAAUUCAGCGAAAUAUGGAAUUCAAGAGAAAUAUGUAAAACUUAAACAAGUUCUUUAACUUAAAAGGGAACGUUUAAUAACAGCAGAAUUUAAUAUGCCGAUAUAGCUAGCUAGACUGAUCAUAUACAUUUAGCUCAGCUCAGUGCUUCUUCUUUUGACUCUUCUUUUUAUGCGAUUUACGGCAAUUACCAUAGCUAACAGGAGGAUUAGUACGUGCUAUAUUAUGAUGUUUACCGAAGAAAUGAAACGUUCGCACUCGAUCGUUGAUUUUGUCCCCUCUAGUAAUCACUGUAAUGUUAUUUACAUACCAGUGUGGCUUUAAACGACCUCCUCCAUUACUUCCAUUCCCACCACCAAUCUCGAUAUUGCAGAAACUAGUGGUGAAACAAGGCCCGGUCUCCAUAAACCCGCUCUCGGAAUCAGCUUGAAAGAACGUAUGGUAUCGACCCAUAUCUCCCCAUUCGCCAACAAAAUCACUAGUACUGAUGUUUUCAC